AUGACAUAUGCCUUCAGCCUGAAAGCCUGGCAGCGGGUGAGAAGCCAGGGCCCCCCUGAGGUGCUGGUGCGCACAGAAACCAGAGAUGCAGAGUUCAACAGAGCCCAGGCUGGGAGGUACCUACUGGAGGAUUUUCCCACAGAAGCCGUCGUAAAGGUCACAGUGACAGGGCUCCAGAGGCAAGAUGAGGGGCUGUACCAGUGUGUAAUCAACCUCUCUCCUCAGGACCCCUUCAUCCUGCAUGAUCGAAUUCGGCUGGUUCACUGUAGUGGUUUCUGGGGACAGAGAGUUGUGUCUGGGCAGACAGUAUAUGUGCAAUGCUAACACCAGUCCAAGGGAGGGCCCCACAAGGAAAAAUCCUGGCUUUGGUAGAUAUCUCCAAAUAGGUGUACCAGAUUAGUCACCACCUCCCAGCCCCAGACAGAGGCUGAGGACCCCCAGUACACAAUCUGGGAUGAGCCUAAUGUUGGCUUUAUCAUCAUUAUCAUAACCAAACUGAGGGAGGAGGAUUUUGGGGAUCUCAGAUCUUACUGGUUACUGGUGUGGAAGAUACAACUCUUCCAUGAGGCUGCCUGCAGUCUCCUGGUCCCCAUGCUAUGUGGACUUCUUGUGGCCAAGGGCCUGGUAAUACAAGCUUUGCUAUGUUCUUGA